UCGAGCUCUGCUUAUCUGGUUAGGGACAUGACCAUUCCCGUUGCUAGCUAGCUUAGCUAGUUUAGCUAGAAGAAGUUGUGUACAUUAUCUAGCUUUCCGGCUAACAGGUUAGGUGUAACUUUAUAGAGACAUUGAAGCGGGUCAGUAGUUGUGCAGUUUAUAUAUUAUUCUGAAUAUAGCGUUUCAUUGGACAUGUAGUGCACUAUGUAGGGUGUAGGAGACAUUAUUCAUGUUGGUUCAAUGUAGUGCACCAGUACAUUGUGUAUGGGGGUCAUUUAGAAUUCGGCCAUGUUUUACAACGAGCUGAACCAAACCUAACACUGGCGUAUACACUGACCAGCCAUAACAUUAAACCAACCUGCCUAAUAUUGUGUAGGUCCACCAUGUGCCAACAAAACAGCUCUGAUCCUUCAAGGCAUGAACUCCACAAGACCUCUGAAGGUGUGCUGUGGUAUCUGGCACCAAGACGUUAUCAGCAGAUCUUUUAAAUCCUGUAAGAUGUGAGGUGAGGCCUCCAUGGAUCUGAACUUGUUUAUCCAGGGCAUCCUACAGACACUGGAUCAGAUUGAGAUCUGACGAAUUUGGAGGCUGAUUCAACACCUUGAACAAUUUGUCAUGUACCUCAUACCAUUCCUGAACGAUUGGUGCAAUGUGGCAGGGCGCAUUAUCCUCAUGAAAGAUGCCAGUGCUAUUAGGGAAUACUGUUACCAUGAAGAGGUGUACUUGGUCUGCGACAGUGUUUAGGUAGGUGGUACGUGUCAAAGUAGCUUCCACAUGAACGCCAGGACCCAAGGUUUCCCAGCAGAACAUUUCCCAGAGCAUCACACUCCCUUCACCGGCUCGCCUUCUUCCCAUAGUGCAUCCUGAUGCCAUAUCUUCAUCAGGUUACAGAAAACGAGAAGGUGUCGACAGUGAAGGAACUGGUGUUUGAGCGCUUGAAAAUACCCCCACAUCAGCAGCGACUGCUCUACAAAGGCAAAGCCCUGGCAGACGAAUACAGAUUGAGCGAUUACGCCAUCGGUCCAGAGGCCAAGCUGAACCUGGUGGUGCGGCCGACUGGAGAGAGAAACGGCGGGGCGGCGGUCAGCACUAACUGCACUAAUACCAGUACCACCAGCAGCAGUGGGAGCACUGGAAGUGGAGUAUGGCAGUUACUGUCCACCGUCCUGGCCAAACACUUCAGUCCUGCAGAUGCAGCCAAAGUCCAGGAGCAGCUCAUUAAGGAUUAUGAACGUUCUCUCAGACAGCUCAGCCUAGACGAUAUCGAGCGCCUGGCUGGACGUCUGCUGCACCCUGAGGCAGAGGGAAUGGACACGUCAUACAUGGACUGAGACGAGCUACAGCAUAUCAACACACACACACACACACACACGAGAGCACACUUUAAAAGCAGCAACACAGCAACCUGAUGCUUGCUUAAAUGUUUGCGAUGAGGACAUUUAGGAACAACAGGACUGUAAGACCACGUCAGCUUACUUCAGGUUGGCCACACGUGACCGUGGCUCAGCGAAAAAAAAAAAAAAUCUCAGAAGAUUCCUAACCAGUCUUUUGAACAGUAAUUAAGUGUCAUGAGCAGCACUUUUAUUCGCUCCAUGUUUCCUUUUUUUUUUUUUUUUUUUUCUUCCUGCUUUCAGACGUCCAGCCUUUGUUUUAGUUUUUUUUUUUAGAAACUCUUCAUGAGCGGGUGAAAUUCAAGACAUUUAAACAGACAUGCCUUCUCGUUUGAGUGUCAUACUUUUCAUAAAAGGGACAAACCUCCUGCAUUGCCUACAGUAGCAUCUGGUUUAUGCAGGAAGGCAGUAUAACCUCAACACGAAUACAGAUUAAGCCUCGUGCAUGAAGUGAGGUCCUGUUUUUAAUCUGCCCUCGGCAGCUUCCUCUGAAGAUUUCCUCGGUCAGGGAAUCCCUAUGUCCUUUUUAAGGACCGCUCCAGUGCUUUAUAAGAACGAGUGUGGUUUGUCAGACAACCCGUUGGACGCUCGAGGGAUUGAGUUUGACUCAGUCGUAGAAUUGAGGAACAGAACUUGCCCAUGAUGUAUUGCGGUUUUGGGAUUACGAUUUCCUUUUUAAACCUGUAUAAAACAUAAAUAAAAAAAUGGUGGAAGGAUAUAGUAUAAAAAGAGUAUAAGAUCUGCGUUGCAGCUACUCUAUACCUCAGAGUUUACAUAACUACAGUACAUUGUCCUGCUGGCUAAUUUGCAUGUUCACAGGAAAUAAACAGGAUGGGUUGCCAUGGAAAUUUUCAUUCUAUUUCAACCAAAAUCAGCUUAAAACUCAAGAACGGUGUUUUUAAACACAGUAUUGAAAUGCAGGGUUAAUUGUGUAUUUAGUUUGAACGGUCAUGUGAUGUAUAUUUCAUGCUCGGAGUUUUCAGUCUACAUAUGCUGCUUAAUGGUAUGUUUGGAUGCUUUAUGAACCUAUUUAUGAUCGUCAAGGAGUUCCAUUCAUCACUACUGACCACUAAGUUAGUGUUGGGCCAUGUAUAGGUAAGCACUCCGAAUUUUGUAAAUACUGUUUAUUCUUAUUAUUAAAAAUGACGACAAAAUCAUGACUGGCUUUAUCUAGUUCUUUUGUAGACGUUAUUAUCUAUAAAGUGUUUUUGUUCCUCUUAUACAAUAGUAAUGUGCCCACAAUUGCAGCUUUUUAAUUUAUUAAUGAACGAUAAGAUCAUACCUUUUUUUUUUAUUAUUUUUUAUAUAUAUAUAUAUAUAUAUAUUUUUUUUUUUUUUUGUGUUUGUUCCCUCUCUUGUGAAAGUUAGUAAGACAGGGAACACUGCUGGUCAUGUUACGUGGUGGAAAACCUACAAUGGAGCCUGAAAUAAACGACUUCUUACAGUAAACCUCAUAUCAACAAUUGUAUGUUUUUCUUUCUUGAAUAGCAAUUAGGGAUAGGUGAUAUUGACUGAAAACUAGAUCACGAUCUUUCACGGUAUUUUUAUUUUUUUGCGGUAACGGUGAAAACGACGAUUCAUUUCGAUCUUUCUGGCCACGAGUCACGUCGGCGUCCAAGUCUCGAGAGCCGUGCAAACACUAACAUCGAUCCAAAAAAGUUAAACUUAAUCCUUACCAUCAUCAGUUACUAAACUAUACCAAUUAAAUAGGCUUAAAAAACAGAAUUUUAUUCACUAAUUAAAACUCCAGUAAAAAUACAAACACCAAUAUUUGCAGGAUUCAUAAUCUAACCCCUGGAAAAACAAACGGAAAUGCUGUA